GGAGUCAGAAAAGCUUUAUUCACAAACGUAAAUUGUAUUACAAUUUAAAGUAUGGACAUUUCUCCACUUUUCAACAAGUCACCAUAAAUAUUUAAGCAUUUGUCAAGUUGUGACACCAGCUUUUGGAUUCCAUCAUCAAAGUUUGCUGCCAAAUGUUAGUCAAACCAGUUAGUAACUGUUUCUUUCAGCAUGCCAUAAUUUUCUAAAAGUUUUCAAUCAAGAAAUUCUUUAAAUUAUGCAGAAAAUAUGAAAGUCUGAUAGUGCCAAGUCAGGGCUGUAUGGGGGCUGAUUCAGUGAUUUCCAACGAAAUUUGUACAGUUGCGUCUGUGAGGCCGAGCAUUACCGUGAAGCAGAACGACACUAGAGAGUAGGCACCGCUGGGGGUUCUGAAUAGCGCACCUAAGUUUCAAUAAGCUGCUGGUGAAGUUCAACAGAAAACACUUGUUUUGCGCUUAAAAACCGAACUACUGGGGCGCACUUCACAAUAGGUGGGUUUUAGCGACCGGCAGAGACGUGAAACGUAACGGCGGCGUGAUAAGAGACCGGCUAAGAGUGUCUGAGGUUGAACGGACGUCUUGUGGCAAGAUCAACAAUGAGCUGGAAUGGUCCACCUGGAUCCCAAUAUUGCCCAGCACCUGGAUAUGGACCGGGACCUACGCAGUGUAACUGUGGCCCACCAUCUCACCCAGGAGAAGCGAAGCGCUGCCACUGCAUGCCUCCUGGCUCGUUCUACCCUGGUCCUCCAAUGCCUGGACCUCCUGGACCCAGCUAUGUGCCUGGAGCUGUGCCGUACCCGUCAGCUCCUCCCUCGUGUACCAUAGUACCAGCCCCGGCUCCUCCCUCAUGUACCAUAGUACCAGCCCCACAGGCUUCCAGGCCUUGCGGCCAUACUGGGCUCAUGUACGGGUGUUCGCAUUGUGAUGCUGUCAGACAUCACAGGUAUUAGAAGCUAGAAAAUUAUAGAGAAGAAUCAUUUGUACUAAAAGGCUACACGGGAAGGUAUUCUGUCCCGCCUUUUUGAAUAUGUAUACAGUGAUUUUCGUGGAUACCGAUUUUUCUUCCUAGACUAUUUUUUGUUUUAAUUCUGUACUAUAUGACUUCUUCAUGCUCAGAUUCUAUAAAAUUCCUAGCUUUCGAAUUAAAAAAAUUUUUUAAUUAAACCCUCUAUAUUUUUAUGUGCCUUUUUAUCCUGAUAUUGAAUU